CAUGCAAUUCUAAACACAAUCACUAAAGAAACCAAACAGGGUUUCUCUCUCUUCUUCUUCUCUCAUCUUUUAUUAUUUUUUUUCUGGGAAAAUUGGAGUUUUGAGAGAGAAGUGAGUUUCUUUUUUUAUUCAGUCUCCGAUGAAGAACCACCGUGGCGACCCCUCUUGGGGUCGUCUUUGGCCACAAUUUGCUAUGGCAUUGGCCAUUAUUCUUAUUUCUGCCAAUGUAGAUUUGGUUGCCGGAAAUGCUUACGUCUACGCUUCUCCACCACCGCCACCUUACGAGUACAAGUCACCGCCGCCGCCGUCCCCGACUUAUUCUUCUCCUCCUCCUCCCGUCUAUAACUCUCCUCCUCCUCCUUACAAAGCUCCUGAAUAUAAGUCUCCUCCACCACCAUCUCCGGUGUAUGAAUACAAGUCUCCACCACCACCAUCUCCAUCUCCACCACCACCAUACUACUACAAAUCUCCACCACCACCAUCACCAUCACCUCCUCCACCAUACUACUACAAAUCUCCACCUCCACCAUCGCCAUCACCUCCUCCUCCAUACUACUACAAAUCCCCGCCUCCACCAUCGCCUUCACCUCCACCACCAUACUACUACAAAUCUCCCCCACCACCAUCCCCAUCUCCUCCUCCCCCAUACUACUACAAAUCCCCGCCUCCACCAUCACCGUCACCGCCUCCACCAUACUACUACAAAUCCCCGCCUCCACCAUCACCGUCACCGCCUCCACCAUACUACUACAAGUCUCCUCCUCCACCAUCACCUUCACCUCCACCACCAUACUACUACAAGUCCCCACCACCACCAUCUCCUUCACCCCCUCCUCCAUACUACUACAAAUCUCCCCCACCACCAUCACCUUCACCUCCACCACCAUACUACUACAAAUCUCCACCACCACCAUCCCCGUCACCUCCUCCUCCAUACUACUACAAAUCUCCACCUCCACCAUCGCCUUCACCACCUCCACCAUACUACUACAAAUCUCCUCCACCACCAUCACCAUCGCCUCCGCCACCAUAUUACUACAAAUCUCCUCCACCACCUUCUCCAUCCCCACCACCACCGUACUACUACAAGUCUCCUCCACCACCAUCGCCAUCACCUCCACCACCAUACUACUACAAGUCUCCUCCACCACCAUCUCCAUCUCCUCCUCCUCCUUACUACUACAAAUCCCCACCACCACCAACUUACUCACCCCCACCCGUCUACUACUACAAAUCUCCACCACCACCCGUAAAAUACCCGCCAUCCUCUCCUCCAUACUACUACAAAUCUCCACCUCCUCCAACCUACUCGCCUCCCUACUCUCCGCCUUACUACUACAAAUCUCCACCGCCUCCCACCUACUCACCUCCCUACUCUCCUCCAUACUACUACAAAUCUCCACCUCCCCCAACCUACUCGCCUCCACCAGUUUACUACUCUCCGCCACCAAAGCCCUACACUCCACCAUACUACCCACCGCACCACCACCUAGUUUUUAAGGUGGUCGGAAAAGUCUACUGCAUCCGAUGCUACGACUGGGCCUACCCGGAAAAAUCACACGACAAGAAGCACCUUAAAGGAGCUGUUGUUGAAGUGAGCUGCAAGGCAGGAAAGAAAGAGGUAGUGGCAUAUGGAAAGACAAAGAGCAAUGGCAAAUAUAGCAUUGAAGUGAAAGGAUUUGAUUAUGCUAAAUAUGGAGGCAAGGCUUGCAAGGCUAAGCUCCACGCACCACCCAAGGGCUCACCUUGCAACAUCCCAACCAACCUCCACUGGGGCAAGGUCGGCGCCAAGCUUAGGGUCAAGUCCAAGACUAAGUAUGAGGUUGUGUUGUAUGCUAAGCCUUUUGCAUAUGCUCCAAAGAAGCCUUACAAGGAGUGUAUGAAGCCCAAGCCUUACUACCCACCUCCUUACAUCUACAAGUCACCACCUCCUCCUACCCCUGUUUACUACUACAAGUCCCCACCUCCCCCAUCUCCAACUUACUACUACAAGUCGCCACCUCCUCCAUCACCGACUUACUACUACAAGUCUCCACCUCCUCCAUCACCUACCUACAAGUCACCUCCCCCACCUUUGUACUCUCCUCCCCCACCAUACUACUACAAGUCACCACCUCCACCCGUCUACUCUCCUCCACCACCGUACUACUACAAGUCACCUCCUCACCCCGUCUACUCUCCUCCACCACCGUACUACUUGACAAAUCACCUCCCCUGCCAGCAUCCAUUAAUCCACAAUAUUCUUAAAAAACCAAAAAGGAAGAUCCAUCACUAUCUUAUCUUUCAACCCACCUAUCUCCUCCUCUCACCGACCCUUGAAAUAUCUAGGGCUGUUACUAGUCUCCUCCACUCACUCGAAUCCACCAUCCCUUUCACCCUUGUGGUCUUUGGUUUCUCUCCACAUACUAACUACAAGUCUCCCCCACCCCCAUCACCGUCACCUCCUCCACCAUACUACUACAAGUCUCCACCACCACCAUCUCCAUCACCUCCUCCACCAUACUAUUACAAGUCUCCACCCCCUCCUUCACCUUCUCCUCCUCCCCCAUACUACUACAAAUCUCCCCCACCACCAGAAAAAUCACUUCCCCCCGUUUACAUUUACGCAUCUCCACCACCUCCUCCCCACUAUUAA